AUGAGGGGAACUACAUACACGUCCAUCGAGGCACUGAGUGCUCUCGACGGCGGUGAAGAAGGACUAGAUCAAGCCAGGAGGUGCAGAUAUCAGACACAGGGCGCUAUAAGGGGUUGCAAAGACUUCACAGGCAAAAGAGGAGACCCGCCCGUCUUGGUGGCCAAUCUGCCCAGCAUAGGUGGGACGGUUGGAGUGGCGGCAUCUCAGGCUGAAAGCCUUGCUCCGCCUUCGCCUUCGCCUUACCGUGGAGGAAGCAUGUGCAUGCCCGCUGUGAGGAGCUCGCUCGAGCACGGGAAACUGCUACAUGCAACCAAGGUCUAG